AUGGCUCCUGCAGUUCUCAAGAAGUCGGGCGUCGUCUACGGCGAUGAUGUCAAGGACCUCUUCAAGUACGCCCAGGAGAAGCAGUUCGCCAUCCCCGCGAUCAAUGUCACUUCUUCCUCCACCGUCGUAGCAUCGCUCGAGGCCGCUCGCGAUAACAAGGCCCCUCUCAUCCUCCAGGUCUCUCAGGGCGGUGCCGCCUACUUCGCCGGCAAGGGCGUCGACAACAAGACCCAGGGCGCCUCCAUCGCCGGUGCCGUUGCCGCUGCCCACUACAUCCGUGCCGUUGCCCCAGCCUACGGCAUCCCAGUCGUUCUCCACACCGACCACUGCGCCAAGAAGCUUCUGCCAUGGUUGGAUGGUAUGCUCGAUGCUGACGAGAAGUUUUUCAAGGAGACCGGUGUGCCGCUUUUCUCUUCGCACAUGAUCGAUCUGUCGGAAGAGCCAGUCAAGGAGAACAUUGAGACCACCGCCGCCUACCUCAAGCGCGCUGCGCCCAUGAAGCAAUGGCUCGAGAUGGAGAUCGGUAUCACUGGUGGUGAGGAGGACGGUGUCAACAACGAGUCUGUUGACAACAACUCUCUCUACACCCAGCCAGAGGACAUCUACGACAUCUACAAGGCCCUCUCCCCCAUCUCCCCAUACUUCUCGAUCGCCGCCGGUUUCGGCAACGUCCACGGUGUCUACAAGCCAGGCAACGUCAAGCUCCGACCAGAGCUCCUCCAGAAGCACCAGAAGUACGUGCAGGAGAAGGAGGGCACCAAGGAUGAGAAGCCAGUCUUCCUCGUCUUCCACGGUGGCUCUGGCUCCAGCAAGCAGGACUACCUCGACGCCAUCAGCUACGGUGUGUGCAAGGUCAACCUCGACACCGAUCUCCAGUACGCCUACACCGAGGGUAUCCGUGACUACAUGAUCAACAAGAAGGACUACGUCAGCUCGCAAGUCGGCAACCCAGACGGCGAGGACAAGCCAAACAAGAAGUACUACGACCCAAGAGUGUGGGUGCGCGAGGGUGAGAAGACCAUGAGCAAGCGUGUCGCCGUCGCCCUCCAGGACUUCAACACCGCCAACCAGCUGUAA